UGUGUGUGUGUGUGUGUGUGUGUGUGUGAUGUCAGUCUGCCCACGGCGGUGCAGUAGAAUGGGUUGUGCUGAAUAUAAAUCAGGUGACUGAACAGGCGGGGGUUUCUUCCCAGACAAGCCCAGAAUAUUGUGUAAUGCCCACUCCUACAUUACUGGUUUGUAUGGGCGCACACACACACACACACACACACACACACACACACACACACACACACACACACACACACACACACACACACACACACACACACACAACCCCUUCUCCACUUGGCGAACAACACAACAAGCACUGUAUUUACCAGUUUGCCUUCAGAUAGACCACCCGGGUGGAGCACUGAUGCUGAAGCUGACUGAACUCUAUUUGGAGCCUUGAAAUAAUCUGGACAGGACCUUGAAUUUCAACAGAGGACUUCCUUCCCGUUGGAUUAGUUUGGCUUUGGGAGGUUUGAUUUGAUUUUUGGUGGCGGCAUCUUCAGCUACAAGGUCAUAAGACUUGUCUGUUUGACUUUUAUCCUUUUAUAUUCACUGCUGUACUGGUAUUGUAUUUUCCCCUGUGAAUGCCGAGGCUGGUGGGUGACUCUCAGAAAAGAGGAGCAGAAGUGGUAACCAUGUGGAUCCCGACUCCCAGCAUGACUCUCCUUCAGCGGAUGGUGCUGUAUGGGACGUGUGUUGUGGCGUUGAUGAACUCUGUGGGCCUUCUGGUCCUCUUGGUCCAGCAGAAUCAUCAACGUUCCUUGCUAGAGCAGACAGAGGCAAAACUAACAGAGGUGCAGCAGAGCUCGGUGGUGGAGUUUUUCCAGGAGGUUCCAAGACAAGCGGCGGGGAUACAGGCGACUGUGGGGGAACUUCCGCAAUACCAGUACCAAUACCAGAACUCCAGGAAUAAGAGAAGUGAAGAGCUGGAGAAGGAGCUGCUCCAUGAGCCUCACCAGGAGGAGGGACAGGAGGUCCAUGAGCAGGAGGUCAGCCAGGAGGUGGGAGAGGAGACAGAGAAGAAGAUGAAGCAUGAAAUGAAGCACAAGCACCGACACAGUCAGAGUUACCACAAGGCACAUGUGCAGGAUGACAUGAUGAUGAUGAUGACUUACUCCAUGGUCCCGAUCAAAUUGUUGAUUGACAUUUGCAACAGCACCAAGGGAGUCUGCAUAGCCGGACCCCCAGGACCGCCUGGUUUGCCUGGUGCUGACGGUAUGCCUGGCCACAAUGGGACUGAUGGCAUCCCAGGAGUGAAUGGACUGCCCGGGGCUGAUGGGAAAAGAGGAAAAAAAGGGCCACCAGGUGACAAAGGAGACCCGGGGGAAAAAGGAGAGCGAGGAGAGCCUGGUCAGCCCGGAGAGAAGGGACAACCAUCCAAUGAUGUCAUUAUUGAGGGCAAGCAGAACUUAGCUCUAGGUCCUCCUGGUCCUCCUGGUCCCCCUGGACCUCCUGGACUCAUGGGCCCUCCUGGACCUCCUGGCCCUCAAGGGCCUCCCAGAACAAGACACCACAGAGCCAACCUGCAGUCUGCUCAUACCCUGGGGCUGUUACAUGCAAUUCCAAAUGAUGAAACCUCAUUGGUAAAGGAGGCUGCAAAACUACAUGGGAAGCCUGUGAAGAAGAACGAAUGCCUGAUCAAGUCUCUGAUCAACCCCAGGAAUGUGACAAAGAUGGAAAGCACAUUUGGAACGUGGAUGAAAGACACAGCUCAGUUGGACGAUGAGCGCAUAUGGGUGGCAGAACACUUUUCUGGUCGUGUGGUUAAGGAGUAUAAAAGCAUUGCUUCCUACCAGAACAGCAGCAGUGACAGUGUGGAUGUUAGAAAGUUCUACCAGGGCUGCGGCCACACUGUUCACAAUGGUUCUUUCUAUUAUCACAUCGCUGGUACUUCCAGCAUUGCCAAAUUUCACUUUCAAACCAAGAGGCUUCACACUCUCAACAUAGACAACGCUUUGUACCACAACUUUGCCUACCUGCUCCACAACUCAAAGACCUACUUCAAACUGGCAGCAGAUGAGAACAGCUUGUGGCUGAUCUUUGCCUCCAGUGUAGAUGAGAGCAUCAUGGUGGCCCAGCUGGAUCAGAAGACCUUCUCCAUCACGUCCUACAUAAACACCACCUACCCCCGCACCAAGGCUGGCAAUGCCUUCAUUGCCUGUGGUGUCCUGUAUGUCACCGACACCAAAGACACCAGAGUCACCUUUGCUUUUGACCUGCUGAAGGGAAAGCCGGUUAAUGUGACCUUCGACCUGAGGUCUCCAGGUGGAGUGCUGGCAAUGCUCUCCUACAGCCCGAAUGACAGACAUCUGUAUGUGUGGGACCACAGCUAUGUCAGGCUCUAUGUGGUGCACUUCAUCUCUGAUGAGUGACAAACAUAAUGUUUGAAUAUGACAUGCUGACUGUUGCAUAGUCGGGACAGAGGGCCUCAUGACGACUACCAACUAUUCACCCUAUCUUUGGAAAUCAUAUUUAGACUAUAAAGAGAGAUCUAUACAUCACAGUCUCAACUUGUAGAACAUUCCUGUCAGAUGAAGGUGUAAUUGGUUGUUAAAAGUCACGUUUUACUGAAGGAAAUCAGUUUUGGUCAAUAAUUAUUGAUAUCGUCAAAAACAUAUACUGCUGUGUUUAUAUCCUAUUUGCAAUGUACAUGUGAGAAUUUGAAAUUACUAAUGGCGUGAAAACUUUUUUGCAUUUUCGAUCAGUUGACAAUUUGUACAACUUGAACGUAUAACUCUGUGGCCGUUUGUGUUGUAAGUUGUUACAUUAUUUAGUGUAUUUGCAUGACAAUUAUCGUUUGUGUAUUUUUAUAUAGAUGUACAUGUUAUCCACCCCCCCGAUAUUCUGUACACAGUCAGUCCACCUGCCUUUCUGAUGAAGCAGCAUGGUGCCUGGUUGCUUAUUCCUCUCGACAGAAAACCAAAAAAAAAAAACCAAAACAAAAAAAAAAAAACAGCGCCAAAUCACCCUGAUGAAAUAAAAAG